AUGUCCGACUUCUUCUCUCUGACUCAUAAGUUCCGCGCCAGUAUUGAUGGGCAACCGGCUGGAGUCGACGGCAAGUCCAGGAGGCGCAAUCGGCAGCCUCUAUCCUGCGCGCCCUGCCGCCUGAAGAAGCUGAGAUGCGACAGAGGCCAUCCAUGCGAGACGUGCGUCAAACGGGGCAAUCAAGCCAGCUGCUCAUAUGGCAAACUCGCUUCCGCAAAGGCUUCCGACACCGCUGCCAGGAGCGCGACCCGAGGACGAGCUCAAGAGCGGCUCGGACGCCUAGAACAACUCGUCAUGCAGAUGGUUGAUACAAGUACCUCCAACGGCUCGAAGCCCAGUCACAGUAACGAGUCCGACACUGGCGCCAGCACCGACUCGUCAAGGGACAACGAUGCGACGGCUCUCCGAACCGGUAUUGCAAAGGACGGGCAUCUGCAGUAUGGGUCUGCCGAGUCUCGCUACGUCGGGUCAACUCACUGGUCUGCUAUAUUGGAAAGCCUCCAGGAGCUCAAGUCUGCACUCGGCGGCACCACCGACGGAGGAGACCAGGCUGCUGGCGCUGAGCUGGAUGAAGCCGAUGAGGUUGAACUUCAAGACACGGACAGUCUCUUCGGCCCAACCAGCCACGUCUCUAUCGCGCAAAUCCUGGCUCAAGCCCUUCCGCCACGAUUACAGGUCGACCGGCGCCUGUCCACCUACUUCAACAGCCGCUAUCUCGUCAUACCAUUGAUCCACACGCAACAAUUUCAACGGCAAUACGAACAGUUCUGGCGGACACCGCUCGAGACCCCGCCUCUCUGGAUCUCCAUCCUGUUCUCCAUCUGUUGCUUGUCCGCCGGCCUGUCCGAGGCCGUAGGGUCUGGGCCGACCACGCCGGAGGACCAGCCUAGUCCCCGCGUGAGCUUCCUGCAUGCGGCGUGCCAAUGUCUUCAACUUGGCGGCUUCACACGACCGAAGCGCUACGUUGUCGAAGCCCUCGGUCUCUAUGCUCAAUGCAAGUACAUGUCCACGCUGGACCCAUCGGGCGAAGUUGGCCUGAUCUUCUCCCUCGCCGUGCGCCUGGCCUAUCGCUCCGGUUAUCACCGCGAUCCCUCCCAAUUCCCUCAUAUCUCCGUGUUUGAAGGUGAAAUGCGACGGAGAACCUGGGCCAUGUGCCGGCAGUUCGAUCUCAUGGUGUCCUUCCAACUGGGCCUGCCGAGUCAAAUCCCCCCAAACAGCUGGGAUACGCGGAACCCUCGCAAUUUGUUGGACACGGAUUUCGACGAGGACACCAAAGUGCCACCGCCGUCCAGGCCCGAAACCGAAGCCACGCAGCUCCUGUACUUCAUCGUCAAGGCCCGCCUGAUGACCACGUUUGGCAAAGUCUGCGCGCACGCGCUUUCCUUCGGGGCCACCGAGAACUAUGCCCAGCAAGUCAUGGAUCUGGACCGAGAAGUCCGCGCCACGUACGCGACGGUGCCGAAAGUGCUGCACGUCAAGCCCAUGUCCCAGUCCUUUGCCGACCCGAGCUAUCUCACAAUGGUCCGCACGAAUUGUGAGUUUCUGUACCAGAAGUCGCUCCUGGUGUUGCACAGAAAAUGCAUGACCCAAGGCACGCACCCGGCGUCGACGCAGGCGUGCACCGACGCGGCGAUCGCCAUCACCAGACACAUGCUCGACCUGCACAAGGAGUUUAAGCCCGGCGGUCAACUGUUUAACGACAGGUGGAUGCUCAGUUCGUUCACCAUGAACGACUUUUACCUCGCCGGCAUGGUCUUGUGUCUCGAAGUGAGCAUGUGGAAGAAAGCCAAUCCCGCGAUCGACAUCCACGCCGAUGAGAAGAUGAGAGAGCAGUAUAUUAUGCUUAAGGACUCUUUCGCCAUCUGCGAGGAGUUGAGUGCCACGAGUACCGAGGCGAGACGCGUAGCGGCUGUGUUGCACCAGGUCCUGGGCGAGGAAGCCUCUUCCACGGGAGGAUCUUCCGGACCCAGCACUGGCACCGGCACCAGCACCAGCACCAGCAUCAGCACCAGCGCUGGCAGACCAUCCAACCCAUUCGCGCAGCCCGGAAAGUUCAUGCCCUCGGCAAUGUUCCCCAUGCAAUACGACUUUAGCUUGGCCUCGGCCUCUCCAACGGUGCCGAACGGAUCACAAGGGCGAGGGCAGGGCCAUCCCCUCCGCGAGAACCUAUCCAACUCGUCCGACACGAUGGACGCGACUUUUCUGCCCGGCAUUACCAGGGCCGCCGGGGUAGCAGACUCCUUCCAAAACCUCAUGCCGGGCAUCAACAAUCCUGUGCCACUCGGCGGGAAUUCAUUCUUGAGCUUCUUCUCCUUCAGCCCGGCGUCCUACGCAGGCGGUAGCGGUCAUGGCAUGUCGAAUGCGUCCGCGACAGCGUCCGAUCCGCAGACUUUUGAUGCCACACCGAGCAUGGACAUUGACUGGCCCCUCCUUGAUCAGUGGAUGGCCCUCCCCAACAUGGUUGAUAUGCUCCCCUUCCAUGACGGCACGGGCGCCGUCACGCAGGCGUUUGCGGGAUCUUCCGGUAUGUUCCAAAACCAGCAUCAAGAUCAGCGACCCAGAUCGGAGAACGAGAACCUGAACGGGACAAGCAACAGGAACGGCACGAGGAAUUGGGAUGAAACCGACAACAAGACCGAAACCGACCCCGCCGCUCUCGAUACCGAUACGGCUUACCCGCCCCUCGCGGACGCCCAGACAAUGACCACCAACGGUGAAGGUCGACCAGCCACGGACACGGACACAGAAUGGACGAGCACGCCGUACCCGUUCCUAGGCCACGAGAGCGAGGCCAGCACAACGAGGCAUGAUGGAACGGGGCCGCCUACAGCUUCGACGUCGACGUCAGGUUCGCUAUCAGUAUCGUCUGGGAGUGAUCAUGGGCGCGGACAUGGACGAGACGAGACUGGAGUGACGGGUCCCAGAGCGCUGCCGUUGGAUUUGAGGCUGUGGUCGCGGCGGCACGGGGCAGGACGGACACAAGCACAGACACACCGAGGGGGAGGAUACCCUAUGUAUUGA